GGUGAAACCAGGUGGGCUCGUGUUGUGACGCCCUUCGCACGACAUGCUGGCAGUUUACCCCGCACCGCAAACAAAAGACCUUGACAUCAAGCAGAGAGAACCUGUCUUCAUCCAUCGAAAGCUGAAUAAACCGAGCUGUACUCACGCGACCAUGGUGAAGAUCGACCCUUUCGAAGUUGACCAUUGGAUCCUGACGCGCAGCGCAGGCGUCAAGCAUAACCUCGCCCACUCAUACUGCUCUGCAAUCUCGAUUGACGAUCUCAGAUCAGGCGUUGGUGAAAGUGAGAAUGAAGCCGCCAGUGUCUGGUCCUCGAUCCUCGCGCAGCCAAUGAGUUACGGGCCCAUGAAGGGUUCCGCAGCGCUGCGAUCGAGGAUAGCAGAACUAUUGUACUCGGAUCCCUCAGCGGAGCCGUUGUCUGUUGAGAAUAUUGUCACUACUCCGGGUGCAUCGCUGGCGAAUUUCCUCGUUCUCUUUGCGCUGCUUGGACCGGGCGAUCAUGUCGUCGUGCAAUAUCCGACGUAUCAGCAGCUGUACUCGCUUCCUGCGGCCAUCGGCGCAGAGGUGAGCUUGUGGAAGGCGCACGAGGAGGAUGGGUGGAGGCUUGAUCUCGAUGAGCUUAAGCAAUUAAUACGACCGAAUACCAAAAUGAUUGUGCUCAACAACCCGGUAAACCCAACCGGCGCAGCUUUAUCUCGAGCCACGCUCGAAAAAAUCAUCAAGAUCGCUCGAGAACAUUCCAUCAUCAUCCUCAGCGACGAGGUUUACUAUCCGCUCUUCCACUCUGUUUCACCCGUACCACCCUCAAUCAUCUCACUGGGCUACGACAAGGUAGUAGCAACGAGCUCUCUUUCCAAAGCGUACUCACUCGCCGGUCUUCGCGUCGGAUGGAUCGCUUCUCGAGACCCGGCGAUUAUCGACCUCUGCGUCAAUUCCCGCUCGUAUGCGCUUAUUACCCUGAGUCAGGUGGACGAGCACCUUGCAUCCCUUGCGCUCAGUCCUCCGACCGUUCAGCAUCUGUUGGAGAGAAAUACUACUCUUUCGAAGCGGAACGUCCAGGUGGUGCAGGCUUUCAUUGAUCAGCAUUCUUCUACGUGUCAAUGGGUCCAGCCUGCUGGUGCACCGAUUGGUUUUGUGAAAUUUGUGAAGGGCGGCAGACGAAUUGACGACGUGGAGCUUUGCACGAGGCUUUUGGAGAGAAAGAGUGUUCUUCUUGUGCCGGGAAGUAAAUGCUUUGGAGAUGGGAAGGAUUUCCAGGGCUAUGUGCGGCUUGGAUUCGGCGAGGAGACGGGGGAUCUCAAGGCUGCGCUGGAUGCUGUGCAUGAGUUCCUGGAGGAGGAGUAUGGCGAUCUACCAGUAUUUUGAGGCUCCUAUUCUGGGAAAGUCGGGAAAGGAAAUCAUUACACCAGACACUGUUGAUUUCUGAUUCAAUGUUACCGUAUUUCUUGAAUGAAUUGCACGCUGGAACACAGUAACCUCCUUCUAAUAGCGUCAUAGAACCUAGCUACUAUAAACACAUCUAACUCUUAAAAUGCUGCACAAGCGGAUCUCUCUCGCCAUUCCCAUACGCAGACCCCCCAUACACCAAAUACCCCUCAUCAACGGACCCCGACUGCUCAAUCACAUCCUCGCGGUCCCCAAACGUAAACACCGUCUGCAUGCCCAUAACCAUAUGCUGCAGCACAUGACAAUGGUACAUCCACACUCCCGCAUUCUCGACGCGGAUCCGCCAUGCGCGCCAGCCGGAUGGUGCAAGGACUUCUGUGUUCUUGCGGUAGCGGUAGAGCACCGAUGUAUCGCGUUGAAUUGGAUGCGUGUCUUUUAGGCGCUCUUCGUUUGCCGUCGCGUUGUACAGCCCGUCGCCGCCGCCGAUGUCGUAGUAGUGUCUUCCGUGUGCGUGGAAAGGGUGUGCGUCGAGUCCCCCAUUAUUGACUGUCCCGCGGUUCUGCCAGACGAUUUCAAGCACCUCGCCUAUUUUCGCAGGGAAUGUUCGUGUGAUAUUGUCGAAGCCGUUGCCGCGCGUUAGGGCCCGGUGGUACGUUUCUUCGACGUUGAGCUUGUGCGUGUAGAUGUCGACGAGGUAGGGGGACUUGGGGAACGAUUGUACCCAGUCGUACCCGUUUUGCAGCCAGAUGGUGUGGUCGCUGACGUUUUGGUGCACGUCGAUGACGAUUCGGCGGGUUACCUCGUCGAGGGUAGGGAAGUCGUUGUCUGGGACGGCGGGUUCCAACUCGUAGUCGAGCCAGCCCUGGACGGUUUCGGCUACAGGGAGAGGGGGAGGGGAGGGGACAGUGGUCA